AUGGGCAUACGCACAUAUGAAGAAAAAUUAAAUCUGUUUUUGUCCCUCAGGAAAAUUGUGUACAGUGACUUGGAAGCCUUAACUCCUGAGCAGUACAUGAAGGUGAUCACACGUAAACUGACUGACAUCAAAGCUGUCCAUAGUCCAGAGCAGCGUGGAGCAUUGAUCCAGGUGCUUGAACAAGUGUACAGGUUCACUCUUGGUUCACUGGCUGGUGGUGAUUGUAAUGAGAUCGAUGCAUUAGAGAUGAUCAGUACAGUCUACAUAGCUUAUGUUUCUGCAAUUCCAUAUUUUAUUAGUUAUAUUUUACACCAGUUUUUGUCCCUCAGGAAAAUUGUGUACAGUGACUUGGAAGCCUUAACUCCUGAGCAGUACAUGAAGGUGAUCACACGUAAACUGACUGACAUCAAAGCUGUCCAUAGUCCAGAGCAGCGUGGAGCAUUGAUCCAGGUGCUUGAACAAGUGUACAGGUUCACUCUUGGUUCACUGGCUGGUGCUGUUGGUGCUACUGCUGUGUAUCCAAUUGACUUGGUGAAGACAAGAAUGCAGAAUCAACGUACUGGUUCCUACAUCGGUGAAUUGAUGUACCGUAAUUCCUUUGAUUGUUUCAAGAAGGUGAUUCGUCAUGAAGGUGUCAUGGGCUUGUAUCGUGGCUUGGUGCCUCAGCUGAUUGGUGUUGCUCCUGAAAAGGCUAUUAAGCUCACCAUGAAUGAUUUGGUCCGUGACAAGUUGACGGAUAAGAAGGGAAAUAUUACCUUUGCUAGCGAAAUGUUUGCUGGUGCUUGUGCUGGUGGGUCUCAGGUGAUCUUCACCAAUCCACUUGAAAUUGUAAAGAUUCGUCUACAAGUGGCUGGAGAAAUUGCAACAGUGAAGAAAAUAUCAGCAGUUUCAGUAAUCAAAGAGUUAGGAUUUCUUGGACUGUACAAGGGAGCGCGUGCUUGUUUCCUGCGAGACAUACCAUUUUCUGCUAUUUACUUCCCUGUCUAUGCACACUCGAAACAAUUACUUGCUGAUGAAAAUGGUUACAAUUCACCAUUAACACUGCUGAUUGCUGGUGCUAUUGGUGGUGUCCCUGCAGCUUCUCUGACAACACCAGCUGAUGUCAUUAAGACACGCCUGCAAGUAGCAGCUCGAGCUGGCCAAACAACCUACUCCGGGGUGUUUGAUGCAGCUAGAAAAAUUUUCAGAGAGGAAGGUGGCAAAGCCUUCUGGAAGGGAGCACCAGCUCGUGUGUUCAGGUCCUCUCCGCAGUUUGGUGUUACACUGGUGACCUAUGAAGUUUUGCAGAGACUCUUCUAUGUUGACUUUGGUGGCAGUCGUCCAAAGGGCUCUGAGGCUCAGCUCCCUGCCUCUGCUGCAGAUCUGCGUUCUACUAACCCAGACCAUGUUGGAGGGUACAAGGUUGCCGUUCCUAUCUUUAGAGGCAUUGAAUCAAAGUUUGGCCUCUUCCUUCCUCGUUUCGCGUGAGAACAGAAAGAGAGAUAUUGUGUAUAUUUUGGGGUGUAGUUAAUUAUUUUUUAGAAUUCUGUGCUCUGAUUUUACUAUUUAUUUUAUAUAGCUGAUAAUUUAAAGAAAGAGAGAAGAAGAAUUCCUUUUAAAUAUUUCCUGUUUUAAUAUUUAUGACAUGUUCUUUAGAAGUGAUUUUAUGAAGUCUGGAAAUAGCAUGUUAUGUUCAUGAUGUGUAUAUAAAUGUAAACUUUUUUGUUUUUUUUCCUUGUUUUCAAUCUCACUGAAAAUUAAAUUUCAGAAAAUGUGGUUCAGAUCAAGUUAUAUAUUUAAAUUCAUUUGUGAGAUGUCAUUCACAUUGUAAGAAGAAUAAAAGGGAAUUGUUGGAUGUUUUCCAUCCAUGUAAUCUGAUUAAUGUCAAACAUGUAAGACAUUUUGAAAUGGAAGACUCAAAGAAAAAUUUUUUUUUUCUUUAUUCCUUAUAACAACAGGAACUGGAAUAAACUCAAUAGCACCUCUAUGUGAUUCAUAUGUACAGGGUAGUGUCAAACUAGUUGAACCUUUCCUUUCAUAUUCAUAGGACAGUAUAAAAAUGCAAUAGAAAACCAAAAGCUUGUUCCACUGUGAAGUGUACAUGAGCUCUCAGAGUAUUUGUAUAGGUCAGUUAACAAAGCUGAGUUUGAGUUUCAUGUGUGAUCAAAUAUGUCACUAGCAAUGUACAUAGGGUUUUGUGCUGUGACCCAGUUAUUAUAUGAAAUAGAUAUCCAAUUACCUUUUGAAAUAAGUGAAGUUGUUAUCUGAAAUGCCUUUUACCUAAGUACAUUUAGCCUUGAUUAGUAGAGGUAGGCUUCAUACCUGAAUUUCAGUAGAUUGUUAUGAAUGUAUAUUAAAUAAGAUCUCCCAAGGCAUGUGUGAUAACAGCAGGCUUUGAAGCCCAUGAAAAAGGAUAUACUGGUACAUGUAAAAGGUUGGUUUUGACAUCUUUCAUACUGGAUAUCUCACUGGACCAUGAAUAUGUAAAACACUAAAGAUUUGAUAAGAUCUGUUUAUUUUUAUUCUCUUAGCUCUUCAAAUAAGCUGCAAUUUGACAUGUGGAUAGAGAGCACACUGUAGUUAUUGAAUUCUCAAUAGAAAAUGUAUAUGACUUUAACUAUGGCAAUAAUCUGUAGAUAAAAAUAAAAUCAAUGGCAACUCUUGUACAGCUGUAUUUGUACAAAAAGUGAGUUAUCUAUUGAUAGAGGACCUACAGAUAUAGACUUUGAGAAAAAAAUGGGCCUCAAGCCACAUUGAUCAUGUUACACUGAAGAGCAUAUUUGAAGCUUUUUUCUCCUGGUAGUACACAGUAGCUCACUAAAUAAAGUAUAAAUAUAAAGACUUGAGUG